UCCUCUGCUGCCUGCUCCUUGCAGUGCUCCGGCAGGGGCGCGGGGACCCGCUGUACGGAGCCCCCGAGGAUGAAGGUGACUACCUGUAUCUGGACGAGGACGGUGAGUAGAGCUGCCCCCUCGGGAGCCGUCAGCAUCGCAGGGGCCGCUUGGUGCCCCGUGGGUAACCGACCCCUCUCCUCAGGACCGCUGGAGGUGCUGGGGGGGGCGGCCCGCUGCCAGGACUCCUACCAGGACUGGGUGGCCCUGUACUGCUGGGUCCCCUUCCACGCCGCCCUCAUGGCCGCCCCCGAGGGCAGCCGCUGCCGCUGGGAGCAGAUCGGGAGCGCCUACAGCGAGCUCUCCGCCUGCACCGAGCUGCUGGCCCAGCUCUUUUCCUGCCCCUGGCCCAGCACCGCCCUCGAUGCCUUCUUCCUGCAGGUCCACGCCGAAUAUUUCAGCAACUGCAGCAGGAUUGAGCCCCCUGGGCCGGGGGGGCUGCCCCCCGGGCUGGCUGCUGCUGCGGCGGUGGGGCUGGGCUGCCUCGUCCCCCUUGCAGCCGCCUUCACCGUCAGCAGAGCCUGGAGGGGGGCUCGGAGCCCGGCAGGCAGCGGCACAGCCCCGAGUGUCCCAGUGGCCACGCUGGGCUGA